AGGCUUCCCCGUCCAGAUGCCGGUACGACUGAGCAGGACCACAUCAAGACAAGAAGCCCUCAGAAGAGUUCUGAUCCAACUGAACUCCUGUGUGUGUCAGGGACUAGGCUACCGACCUGUGAACCCUGAUCACCAGACUACUCGCUGAGGGUCUCUUGUCACUAAACAUUUGCUGCUUCCCUGUCUUCUCCUCACUCUCAGCUCUCCCCGUUCUCUGAACUUUAACCUCAGGCCUCUAGACUCCACGUUCAUUGAACUUUGACCUCAGGCCUCUAUACUCCCCGUUCUCUGAACUUUGACCUCAGGCCUCUAGACUCCCCAUUUCUCUCCCCUUAUUCUCCUCUCCUGUCUGGUCAUGGCUCCGUCCCUGGCCACAGCAUUCGCCAGGCGGUGGUGGAUGGCAGUGACAGCCAUCAUAGAGAACCUGUUGUUCUCAGCUGUCCUGCUGGGCUGGGGAUCGCUACUCAUCAUGCUCAAGUCUGAAGGCUAUUACUCCUACAUGUGCAAUGGAGAAGUGCCUGUUUCUCCUUCUCUUGUCUUCUCAUCGCCUACGGAGCAUACAACCCUGAUGAGCUGUCAAUCCUCAUCUUCAUCGCGCUGACAUUUAAUGGCUUCGGAGGAAUGUGCAUGACCUUCACAUCCCUCACGCUCCCUAACAUGUUUGGUGAUCUGCGCUCUACGUUCAUUGCUCUGAUGAUCGGCUCCUACGCCUCCUCUGCUGUCACCUUCCCUGGAGUCAAGGUGAUCUAUGACCUUGGUGUGACGUUCAUCACCAUCAUGGUUGUCUGGGCAGCGUGUUCCGGCCUCGUCUUCUUCAACUGCUUCUUCAACUGGCCCGUGGAACCCUUCCCUGGACCCGAGGACAUGGACUAUAGUGUGAAGGUAAAGUUCAGUUGGCUGGGUUUUGACCAUAAGAUCACCGGGAAGCAGUUCUACCACCAGGUGACCACGGUGGGGAAGCGUCUGAGUGUGAGCAACAGUCUGAAGCAGAGAGAGCCGGCCACUAAGGAAGGACACAGACUCUGUCUCUCAACCUUGGACCUGGAGGUCAGCAAAAAAAACAAUGAGGAAUCCCAGUCGUUCAUGCAGAGCAUCAUCAGUCCUCUCUUCAUCCUCUCUCUGGUCACCAUGUCCAUCACUCAGCUGCGUCUCAUCUUCUACAUGGGAGCCAUGAACAACAUCCUGGAGGGCCUCAGUGAUGGAGACCUCAACACUGUGGAGAGAAUGGAAGUUGUCAGUUUGUACUCCUCUAUCUUCGGCAUGCUGCAGCUACUGUGUCUGAUGACGACUCCUGUGAUUGGUCAGAUUAUGGACUGGAAGUUGAAGGACUGUGAAGAUGCAGAGGGGGAGGAGGAACCGUGCAGCAAGGACCAGCUCAAGGCCAAGCCCAGAGACAGACAGAUCCAGAAGGUGACCAAUGCAAUGCGAGCGUUCAUCCUGACCAACGUCCUAUUGGUGGGAUUCGGCAUCACCUGCCUGGUGCCCAACCUCCCACUGCAGAUCUUGUCAUUUGUCCUCCACACUGUUGUGAGAGGGUUCAUCCACUCUGCAACUGGAGGUCUCUACGCUGCUGUGUACCCGUCGUCUCAGUUCGGCAGUCUGACAGGGAUGCAGUCUCUGGUGUCUGCUCUGUUUGCUCUCUUCCAGCAGCCGCUCUUCAUGGCCAUGAUGGGCCCUCUGAAGGGAGACCCACUCUGGGUGAAUGUAGGCCUGUUGGGGGUCAGUAUGCUGGGCUUCCUGCUGCCUCUGUACCUGGUGUGUUUCAGACGCACACUGCACCGCCGGAUACAGGACAGAGACCAGGACUCCAAGAUAUACCUCAAGAUCAACGGGUCCAGCAAACCUGAAGCUUUCGUCUAGAGAGGGGAGAGAGGGAGGAAGGUGGGAGGAGAUGGGAGGGAGAAGAGUGUUGCUCUACUUUGAAUCUGCAGAGGACACACAGAUAUCUAUACACGCCCACACACACACAUACGUACACACACACACGCACUUUUGAAGAGACCCAUGUAAGAACUUCUCCUCUUGUCAUGAAAACAUACUACCUUGGACAGACACUAAGGACUGAACAAGAACGAGAGAGGGAGAGAGGGAGAGAGGGAGAGACUGUGAAAGGAAAGGGUCAUCAGCCCCCCCACUUCUUCUUCUCCUCUCCUCUCAGUUCUCCUCUCAUGUUCUCCUCUCAUGUUCUCCUCUCAUGUUCUCCUCUCAUGUUCUCCUCUCAUGUUCUCCUCUCAUGUUCUCCUCUCAGUUCUCCUCUCAUGUUCUCUUCUCUUCUCCUCUCUUCUCCUUUCCUCUCUUCUCCUUUCCUCUCCUCUCUUCUCCUCUCUUCUCAUCUCUUCUCCCCUCCUCUCCUCUCUUCUCCUCUCUUCUCAUCUCUUCUCCCCUCCUCUCCCCUCUUCUCUUCUCCUCUCUUCUCCUUUCCUCUCUUCUCCUUUCCCCUCCUCUCCUCUCUCAUUUUCUAAUUUCUCACAUAGCUCUGAAAUUACAUCCUAUGCCUGGUUGUCCCACCUAGCUAUCUUAAGACGGAUGCACUCCUGAGUUUGUAGAUGAUGCUCUGGGAGGAGUUCAGGGUUGGUAACCAUGGUGACAGACAGGGUGGGAGGUGUUCUACAGUUGGUAACCAUGGUGACAGACAUUGGAUGGUGUUCUACAGUUGGAAACCAUGGUGACAGACAGUUGGAAGUGUUUUAGGGUUGGUAACCAUGAUGACAGACAGGGUAGGAGGUGUUCUAGGAUUGAGGACCAUGGUGACAGACCGGGUGGGAGGUUUUCUACAGUUGGUAACCAUGGUGACAGACAGUUGGAAGUGUUUUAGGGUUGGUAACCAUGAUGACAGACAGGGUAGGAGGUGUUCUAGGAUUGAGGACCAUGGUGACAGACCGGGUGGGAGGUUUUCUACAGUUGGUAACCAUGGUGACAGACAGGGUGGGAGGUGUUCUAGGUUUGAGGACCAUGGGGUGGGGGGUGUUCUACAGUUGGUAACCAUGGUGACAGACAAUGGGGGUGUCACGCCUGAUCCUGCUCCCCCUCUCUGGCGCCAGGCGGCCCACCAUUACGCACACCUGUCACCAUCAUUGCGUUCAUCUGCGCAAUAUUGGACUCACCUGGACUCCAUUACUUUGUUGAUUGCCCCUCUAUAUCUGUCUGCUCCUCAGUUUGUUCCCCGUCUCACCAUUAUUGUUGCUAUGUUUUCCCCUGUCCAGACACUGUCCUUGUUUGUUUCUUGUCUGUUAUCCAUUAAAUGUUCACUCCCUGUACUUGC